AAUGUACUCAAAUGCAAACCCCAACUUGCAAACGUUUGUAUGAACCCGCUCAAACCCAGAUAGGAAGUUGGGAUAAUGUUGCUAACAGGAAGACAAAUUGCAUCUUCAUGGUCUCUUUCUUGCAACUUACCAACUCAAUCUCGCACUUCAAUUCAUACGUCUAGAAAUCUUCGAAACAAUUCAUCCAUUUGCAGAGCUACACUUUCUGUCCACGGAAAAUCCAACGCUCUCUUAUCAUUAUCUUCAUCCUCCACCAGCUGUGAGAGCUCUAAUUUUGAUCCGCUAGGUAUCAAUUCAGGUAAAUUAUCAGGUCUGAAUUCCGCGUGGGAAAGUGUUUUAGGCUUGUUUGCAGAGACAUUUGAUAGUACCUCUGGUACAAGAAACGACAAAUCUUCCUCAGCUAAAGGAGCGGCAGCUGCAAUAGAGGACACUUCCAUUGAUUUUGGGGAUUUCUUCAAAGGACCGUUACCCGGAAAAUUUCUUAAGCUUUUGGGGUACUUGGCUUUAUCUCGACUUGGAAUAUACAUACCUCUUGGUGGGGUGAAUCGAGAUGCAUUUGCUGGAAAUUUGGAUCAGAAUAGUAUAUUAAGUACUUUGGAUACAUUUUCCGGAGGAGGAAUAGGCCGGCUUGGGAUAUGCUCCCUUGGUAUAGUCCCAUUCAUUAAUGCAUCUAUCGUGUUUCAACUCCUUACACAAAUUUACCCCAAGUUACAAGAACUUCAAAAACGAGAAGGCGAAGCAGGGCGAAAGAAAAUUCUUCAAUAUACUCGAUAUGCUUCUGUCGGAUUUGCUGUCGUGCAGGCAAUUGGUCAAGCACUGUUUCUUCGUCCUUAUGUUGAUGAUUUCAGCAGUCAAUGGGUCUUAUCUUCUGUUAUUUUGUUAACACUUGGAUCGGUGCUUACAACAUAUAUUGGCGAAAGAAUAACAGAUUUAAAACUUGGAAAUGGAACAUCGCUUCUCAUUUUUACCAGCAUCAUCUCCUACUUGCCAGCAUCCUUCGGUAGAACAGUUGCAGAAGCCUUUCAGGAUGGCAACUAUCUGGGCCUACUUGCUAUCAUCUUCUCCUUCUUCCUGCUUGUUCUUAGUAUCGUCUAUGUUCAGGAAGCCGAAAGAAAAAUUCCUAUAAAUUAUGCUUCGAGAUACAGUAGUAAAGCAGGCGGGCUUCAGAAAUCUGCUUAUUUGCCGUUCAAGGUUAACAGUUCAGGAGUUAUGCCAAUUAUAUUUUCCACGUCAUCGUUAGCUCUUCCUGCCACUCUAGCACGGUUUACUGGUUUAAACGUGCUAAAAAACGCUGCUAUUGGUUUGAACCCCGGGGGUGCUUUCUAUCUCCCGACGAACAUUUUAUUGAUAGGUUUCUUUAACUAUUACUACACUUUCCUACAAUUGGACCCUGAUGACGUUAGCGAACAGUUGAAGCGUCAAGGUGCCUCCAUUCCCCUGGUACGACCUGGGAAAAGUACAGCGGCAUUUAUCAAAACGGUUCUGAGUCGGAUAUCAGUUUUAGGUUCGGUAUUUUUGGCAGUUCUUGCAGCUGGGCCGGCUGUGGUGGAACAAACAACACACUUGACGGCAUUUCGUGGAUUCGCAGGUACAUCGGUUCUGAUUCUUGUUGGUUGUGCCACAGACACGGCAAGAAAAGUUCAAGCAGAGAUAAUUUCUCAGAAGUACAAGAACAUAGAGUUCUAUGAAAUAGACAAAGAUAUGACCUUCUAAACCUCAAAAUCAAAUCACACAACCAACCUUUGUAUUUAAAAACGCCACAUUUAUGUAGUUUCUGUAUUUAUUUUUAAUGUACUAUAUUUUAAAUUAAAUCUAUGUGUCAUCUAACAAUUGAGAAGCAACUUUGAGAGUCUACUCAAUUCACAAAUAAAUGCUAUGCUU